AUGCCCACCUUCUUUGGCCAACUCCGGAGCCAGCUCAGCCCCCUCCUCCCGCGGCGGCGGCGGCGGCGGCCACUGCAAAGCCCCGCCGCUCGCCCUGCACCGACCGAGGCAGCGCGGAGCGAGCGGUCGCCCGGCCCUCGCCACCCCCGGCGCCGCGGCCGCCGGCGAGCCCCGAGCUCAGCGUCGCUCCAACCUCCCCUGCCGGCGCGGCCGGCCCCGCUCGGGCCUCCCCCCACGGCCCGCGGCCCCUCUCAAACCCCCUGGGCUCGCGACGGCUGCUCCGGGAGGAAAGACUGGCCGCGGCUGGGACCCGGGCGGCGCGGCUGCGAGCGGGGAGGAGGAGGAGGAGGAGGCGGCGGCGGCGGCGACGGUGGCGGCGGCGGCGGCGGCGGGGCGCCCGGUACGGUGAGCCCAGCAACGAGGCGCGGGCGGGCGCGCAGAGACGCCGGGUCCUCGCGGAGCGCGGCCGGGGCGCGGCGGCGGCGGCGGUGGUGGUGGCGGUGGCGGUGGCGGCGGCAGCGGGAGCCCAGGGACCGCUCCAUCACUGGCAGCCAUGGAGCCCGAGCAUUUUCCUCCCUCGGGGCAGGCGCUCGGCUCGGCACACGUCCUGGGGGAGGAAGGGCGCCGGCGCCCGGGCUGCUCCGCCGGGCGGCGGGACGUGCGCGGGAGCGGAGGGGCGAGCUCGCGUCCUCUUCUCCGCCCGCCGGCUGCCUCGGCGGCACCGUGCUGCUCCCGCGGCCGGCCGGGAGGGAGGGAGGGAGGGGAGGGGAGGAGGGAGGGGGCCGCGGGCGGCGGUGGCUCCUUUCGCGGCGGCGGCCAGACGGGGCUGGUGCAGCGACUGCGGCCGACGCCGUUCAAAGAAAUGAGAGUUACUUACAAUUAAAAUUUCCAAACCCAAAGAGGAGUAAGAAGAAUGGCCCAUCUGAUGGAGACAAUUCCUCGGUUGGGAGUCCCUCUUCCCAGGUAAGCCCCAGUGGCUGCCCUCUUCUCCAGGCUACCUGCUCCAGCCUCUACAGUGAACGCCUGACGCCAGAAUUGCAGAACAGACAGAUGAUGGCGAAAAGGAUGUCCCAGACCAGACUUUCGGAUACAUGAGGAUGUCUCUUUUGGGAAACGAUGCUUUCAAAUAGAACUUGUUUCCAUGGGUUUUCUUUUCUCCCUCCAAAAUAGGACUUCUAAUGGGAAAAUGUUACAUGCUAGAGUGUGUGCCUGAAUGCCAACCCAAAGGAUUAAAUGUGAGAGUUUCAGAAAACUGUCUGACCUUUAUUACAAUGAGUAGUUGCUUUGUUUGAUUACAUCACAUUAAAGUAUAGCAAAUCACUUGUCAAAAAAAAAAAAG